ACACACACACACACGCACACACAUCCACACACACACACGCACACACAGUCCAAACCCCCAGAAAAAGCCCUGCUGAAUCCUCACACCGUCUGUCAGCAUGGGGAGCGCUUGUUUUUCCCGGGACGUUUGUUUGUUUAUCCUCCUCAUAAAUACUUGCAGGGUGAUGGGGAAUGUCGGACCCGCAGAUGCAGACGAGUGCGCAGAGGGUUCGGACGACUGCCACAUCGACGCCCUCUGCCAGAACACACCCAAGUCCUAUAACUGUAUAUGCAAACCGGGCUACAAGGGAGAUGGCAAGCAGUGUGAAGAUAUGGACGAGUGUGAGAACGACUACAAUGGGGGCUGUGUGCAUGAAUGCAUCAACAUACCUGGCAACUACAGGUGCACCUGCUACGAUGGAUUCAUGCUGGCCCACGACGGACACAACUGCCUGGAUGUAGAUGAGUGUGUGGACAACAACGGUGGAUGCCAGCAAGUCUGUGUCAACACCAUGGGGAGCUACGAGUGUCAGUGCACAGAUGGCUUCUUCCUCAGCGACAACCAGCAUACCUGUAUCCACCGCUCUGACGACGGGAUGAACUGCAUGAACAAGGACCACGGCUGCGCCCACAUCUGCAGAGAGGCUCCAGGCAAAGGCGGGGUGUCGUGUGAGUGCCGUCCUGGCUUUGAACUGGCCAAAAACCAGAAAGACUGUACAUUGACGUGCAACUAUGGAAAUGGCGGUUGUCAACACACAUGUGAUGACACGGACACAGGGCCGGUGUGUGGCUGCCACCAGAAGUAUGCCCUGCACUCGGACAGCAAGACCUGCAUCGAGAAAGAUGAGGCUGCAAUUGAGAGCUCUGAGUUCAAUGCCACGUCAGUAGCUGAUGUGGACAAGCGGGUGAAACGGCGGCUACUUAUGGAGACCUGCGCUGUCAACAACGGUGGCUGCGAUAGGACAUGUAAAGACACAGCCACAGGGGUGCGCUGUAGCUGCCCCGUGGGAUUCACUCUGCAGCCCGAUGGCAAAACCUGCAAAGACAUCGACGAAUGCCAGGAGAACAACGGAGGCUGCGAUCACUUCUGCCGGAAUACAGUGGGCUCAUUCGAAUGCAGCUGCCAGAAAGGCCACAAACUGCUCACUGAUGAACGCACAUGCCAAGACAUUGACGAAUGCUCCUUUGAGAGAACCUGUGACCACACCUGCAUCAACUACCCCGGCAGCUUUGAGUGCCUGUGCAACAAGGGAUACAUCCUGUACGGCCUCACUCACUGUGGAGACAUCGAUGAGUGCAGCAUCAGCAAUGGGAGCUGUGAGUACGGCUGCAUAAACACCCAAGGAAGCUACGAGUGUGUGUGUCCACCUGGACAGAAACUCCACUGGAACAAGAAAGAUUGCAUUGAGGCGGUGAAGUGUCUGCCCAAUGGGAAGCCGGCGCCCCGAGCCCAACUGACGUGCACCAAGAGCGGAGGGGCAGAGGUCUGCUCACUCUCCUGCCCCUCCAACGCCCUCUUCCUUGCAGACUCAGAGAACAGCUACACACUGAGCUGUGGGGUGCCCGUCCAGCCUGGUAAAGCUCCCCAGAAGAGGAAUGCUACCACUGCUUUACCCACCUGUGCUGACACACUGGCCCCACCCAUCAAACAGAAGGCCAGGUUUAAGAUCAAAGAUGCCAAGUGUCACCUGAGACCUCGCAACAAGGAGAAGCACAGAGAUUCAUCCAAGCAGAAUCUGCAGGGAGGCCAGUUCCCUUGCACUGACGACUGCCAGGUGACUUUUGUCAACCUCAAGUGCGACUCGUCUAAGAAGCGCAGACGAGGACGCAAAUCUCCUUCCAAAGAGGUUUCCCACAUCACAGCUGAGUUUGAGAUGGAGAUGAAGGAGGAGGAGGCCUCGGACUCGUGUAAUGUGGACUGUGUGCGGGAAAGGAUGAAGCAGAAGCUGCAGAGCGCCAUGCGGACACUCAGGAAGUCCAUCAACAAGCAGCAGUUCUACAUCCAGUUCUCUGGGACCGAGUACGAGGUAGCCCAGAAACCUUCCAGGGUACCAGAGGGAGCUGAGUCCUGCAGCACGGGACAAGUUUUCCGAGAUGGAAAAUGUGUGAGCUGUGGCGUGGGGACAUUCUACAGCGGGGAGCAGGAGCAGUGUGUCCAGUGUCCACCUGGUACGUACCAGGACACGGUGGGUCAGCUGUCCUGCGAGCCAUGUCCCAGCACUGAAGGACAGGGCAUUGCUGGGGCCAAGAACGUGUCUCAGUGUGGAGGUCAGUGUCCAGCGGGUCACUUCUCUGCUGACGGCUUCCGUCCAUGCCAGCCCUGUCCCCUGGGCUCCUACCAGCCAGAACCAGGCCGUGUCCUCUGCUUCCCCUGUGGAGGAGGUCUCAUGACCAAGUAUGAAGGAUCAAUGUCCUUCAGGGACUGUGAGGCCAAAGUACACUGUGCUCCUGGACAUUACUACAACUCUAGCACCCACCGCUGUAUCCGCUGCCCAGCAGGAACCUACCAGUCUGAGUUUGGGCAGAACUACUGCAUCACCUGUCCUGGGAACACCACUACUGACUUUGACGGCGCUACCAAUGUCUCCCACUGCAAAAAUCAGCUGUGUGGAGGUGAGCUUGGAGAAUACACAGGCUACAUUGAGUCUCCUAACUACCCUGGCGAUUACCCAUCCAAUGUGGACUGUGUCUGGACCAUCAACCCACCACACAAGAGGCGGAUUCUCAUUGUGGUACCAGAGAUUUUCCUCCCCAUCGAGGAUGAGUGUGGAGACGUGCUGGUCAUGAGGAAGAGUGCCCUCCCCACCUCCAUCACCACCUACGAGACGUGUCAGACCUAUGAGCGGCCCAUCGCUUUCACCUCGCGCUCUCGCAAGCUGUGGAUUCAGUUUAAGUCCAAUGAGGGCAACAGUGGCAAAGGCUUCCAAGUUCCAUAUGUCACCUAUGAUGAGGACUACCAGCAGCUGAUAGAGGACAUAGUGCGAGAUGGCAGGCUCUACGCUUCCGAGAACCACCAGGAGAUACUGAAGGACAAGAAGCUGAUAAAGGCCCUGUUUGAUGUGUUGGCUCAUCCCCAGAACUACUUCAGGUACACAGCACAGGAGUCCAAAGAGAUGUUCCCUCGCUCCUUCAUCAAGCUGCUGCGCUCCAAAGUCACCAGGUUCCUAAGGCCAUACAAAUAGAUGGGGCCUCUCCACUGUACUGUUAAAGACCCUUGUCAUCCUGCGUCAAUCCAAAUCCAGCAACCUAAAUGUAACCCCCCACGCCCACCCCCAAUGUCUACUUCUACCCUGCUUAGGUCAAUACAUUGAUGUACCCGUUCUAUGACUAAACAUCUUCAUUUUCUGUAUUUGUCUUCAAUCCUAUUUGUCACAUGAUGCCUUUCCUCAUCUUUGACCCCUUUCAUUAGUAACACAUCAUUAACUUACACCCUUCCCUCCAGUUAGUGCAGCUUUUUGGAUAAGGUUUGACCGAUAUGGGUUUUUGCAGGCCAGCAUUCAUUUUAUGAUUUUUAUAAUGUAGCAGAAGAUGCCUGACAUAUAUAUAUAUAUAUAUAUAUAUAUAUAUAUAUUGUGUGUGUGUAUAUAUUGUUUCUUUAAAUUUGACCAUUUCAUACCAAACAUGUUCAAGUAUCGACUUUUUUCUCAGUUUGGUAUGGUAACAUUUAGCAGAACCUUAAGGCUAUGUCAGUGAAGGUGCAAUAUCUGCAAUAUUGGUGGUGAAUGUAAUUGAAAAUCAAAUUCCAAGUUAAGUACUUUGCAACAAUAUGAAGAGUAGAUAUGAAUGAGUUCAGAAACAUGGUCAGACCUUCACAUGCUUGUCAGAGGUCAGUUUCAGUAACAAGCACAUCAUAUCAUGAAAGGAAGCCUGUAUAUUAGGUGUUACAGUGGCUUUUUAUUUUACUUUAACAUUUGUUAUUGACUAGCCUAAAAGUUAACAAGGCAAAUCAAGCUGGGUUGGCAGGUUGAUACCACUCGUAUGUGUGUAUGCUAAAUAUGAAGCAACAGCCAUCUUAGCUUAGCAUAAGGACUAGUGAUGGUCAAACAGCUAGCCUGGCUCUGUCCAGAGGCAACACAAUCCUUCUACCAGUAACACUGAAGUUCAUUUAUUAACAGGUUAUUUUUGGUUUGUGUAAUCAGUUGUUGGCCAGGGGCAGUAACCCCCUGCUCCUUUCUCGUCCUUGUAAAAGCAGUUGGUUUUUUGUACCUUCUGACAGAGCAAGACUACUUGUUUCCAUUUGUUUCCUUAAGCUAACCGGCUGCUGGUUAUAGCUUUACAUUUGCGUGGAUAUGAGUGUUAUUGGAAGGAAAGUAAAUAUCCCAAAAUUUCUAUAUCUUUAAAUAUUGUUUAGUAGUAAUGUGUAAAGAAUGAAAACACAUCUGGUGUUAGCAUGUGUUUGGUGAUCUGAUCACAAGUGGACAGCUGAGACAAACCUGUGUCUAUAAUGCAUCUCAUAUUUUUCGGAUGUCAGAAUUUCCGGGUUGCAAGUUUAAAAUUUUAAAGGGAAUACCUCCUGAAGUCUAUUAUCUGAUUUGGAAAGUUGGAGAAACCUCAACCCCAACCUCAAAAUUUAGUAUGACUGCUCACAACAGUAGUGAAAGCUGUUGUAAUGCACCGUUUAGCACCUUUGUAUUGUUUGUGUCUCAUUAAAUCAGUCAUACACACAGUACUAUCAAACUUCUAUCUGUGGACAUGUUGCUUCGCUGUUUGUAUGCACAAAAUACCGUGUAAUAUGUUGUUAUCAACUGGUAUUAUGAAAAAUGGCUAACUUGGCCAGAGACUGGUAAUUCUAACAACAUCUUGGUUUUCGAACUUGUCGUAGUGGAACGUGGUCAACUUCAGUGUGACAUCAAUCCCAGUUCCGACUUUCAACUUCCAAGGUAAAUGGAGUAAAUUGAAUGCAGCAUUGUUAAUGCUUACAGCCACAUUCGCAGUUAUUACAUCCGCACUCUCGCUAGCUGCUUGCUAGCAUGCUUGCAUGUCAUAUUAGCAGUUUUGUCAGUAACGCUGGAGAUAUUGCUGUCAGCAGAAUUCAGCACAUUUCCCUUCAUAGGGCAAAAUGAUGGGUGGUCACGCAACACUUAAUCUAACUUGUAAAAUGGGCAAGUUAUAGAGCAUUAGCGCACUGUCACCCAAAAAAAACCCUGCACUGAUGAUGUAUUCCUUGAUGGGGGGGCAUUGGUGAUGACACCACAAAAGUAGGCACAGAUACUUCCAGUCACCUCUCAGCUCUGUUAAAAUUGUGCUAAAUUUAGUCUAUGUCUAGUAGUUUGUCUUUUAUGCAAGACUUGGUGGUGCUUUCUGUUGUUGGCUUUGGAAGGUGGUGGCGUGUGGCUGUGGGUCACUCAUCAGGAAGAGGAAAUCAACUCAUUAGUCUGUAAACUGUCCUUCUGCUGACUAGAGGUUAAGGUUUUUAAAUGGUAACAUCAAUAAACAUCGAAGAAAGAUAGAGAAGUAAUGGACACCAGCUGAACUAGCAUCAUGCUUCCCUUCCUACAGGCACUUGAAUAAACUGGAUGACUUCCAUGCCUGCUUCAUUUUCCAACUGACUAUCACAAAGUGUAAUAUCCUCUGAUUCACCAAACUUAAGAUAAGAUCUGGACAGCACCAUUCAACCAGAAGGUUUUUUAUGCUGAUCUAACAGAGUAAAGGACUCUGUCAAGAGAGGGAGAGGAGGUGUGUGCUUUGUGGUGCAUAAAGACUGAUGGUGUAGUUGUGUAGUUGUGAGAUGCUGUUGUGCUCUUGCUGUGUAUCACUACUAUAAUGUUAAGUAAGUAAGUAAGUAAGUAAAUUUAUUUAUAUAGCACUUCUUACAGAGAGGACUCACAAAGUGCUUCACAAGAUAAAAUACAAAAAAUACAAUAACAGAAACAAUGCAAAAUACACAAAAACAAAUAAAAAGUAAAGUGUAGCGAAAUACAGAGAUGAUACAAUGGACAAUUAAUGGAACGCAAGCCUAAACAGAUGUGUUUUUAACCGCUUUUUAAAAAUGUCCACGGAAGAGGCCGCUGUCAGCUCAUGAGGUAGUACAUUCCACCAUUUCGGUGCAACAGCCUUAAAGGCUUUAUCACCUAAAGAGUUAAAGAGUUGGCUGUAGAGAGGAGCCCCUGCCAGUGUUUGGCUGGAGCAACCAUGCGGAUGUGUCAGUAUGUGUGGACAGUUAAAUGAUUCCACAGCCAGAAACCAUGGAUUACCAGAACCAUCGAGUAAUAUAGACAAUUAGAAGGCAACAGCCAACAAUGUAAGAAGAUGUGAAAAAGGACUUAACUGCAGAGCACAAGUUAAAGGAGCUGAUGGGAUCACUUCACUGGAGUCUUACCUUGUAUAAUUCCAUGUGACAAAUAAAUGAUUGAUGGAUAUGACAUCAAAUGCAUCCCAGACCACGUUGGCAAGUGGUUCGAGUGAUCGAAUCACAGCGCAUCCUUGUGGUCGUUUACACUUGUAUUUGGGGCUGUCCACUGGUGAUUGGUUGACCCAAAAUUCAUGUUAGUAGCAGGUAUAAACAGGCUCACUAAUUAUUGUUAUCAUGUGUUCCUAAAGUCACUGUACAUAUUACGGUAAAGUGGUACUCCCAGUAUUUAGUAAAUGGACAGUAUCAUAUCGGUCAAACCCUAUUUUUGCACACUAUAUAUUGAUUUUUCUUCUCUCCCAACCAUCUACAGAUUUCUGCACCUUCAUUAACACAUUAUUGUAUUCCCUUCCCCCACCUCUCUCAUUUUAUUUUGCUCUGCUUUGUUUUCUGUGUUGUUGUUUUGUUUUUGUAAUAUUUAUACUGAACAUGCCAGAACUUGCAGAAGCCCACAUCACAGAUGUACAACGCAUAUACAGAUGUGUUAUACGCAUGUGUUUGUGUAGACAUACACACAAGUACAUGCAUGAUAUGUUGAGACGUAUUGGCCCACAAAGUGUACAUGGAUGUAUCCUGAACUGGAUUUCUUUAUUGGCCCCAGUGUGCACGACACAGACAUGAGAAAAUAACUGGUGCACUUAAAACAUAAUUUAACACCAAACAACAAUUUGAAAUAAAUAAAUAAAUGUUGAAGUGGGGAAAUCUAAAACAUUCCACCUUAAGUGGGUGCUUUAUCCAUUUGAGCACAGGGAAAGAAUAAAUGGGGUGAAUCAGAAAGUCUAUAUUGUAAUUUUUUUAAAUAAAAAAGAUAUAUAACAAGAUGAGAAAAACUACCUGCAAGUAACAGAUUGUUACUUAAGAGAGAAAUGUAUGUGAUGUAACUAAUAUUUGGAACUUUAAUUGCACUUGAAUUUUAUAUUUUAAACUGUAGGAAAAAAAAAGAUCUAAGUUACGUGUUUGUUACCUUUUUGUGCUGUUUUGAAAAUGUGCCACAUGUGGUGGUGAUGAGAGAGAAAGAUGGUAGUGUCUCCUCCUUGUCCUCACUCUGUAGCUUGCAGUGACCCCCAAAUCCCUCAGUUACAGUUGCUUCAAGUCUCAUUCAUACACACAGCAAGAAAAAAGCUUCAGUAUCUCAAAACUAAUGUGCACAGAGUAAAGGCAGUGGAAGCAAUAUCACUUAAACUUGCCACCAUCAUCACAGUUUGUCUGUUUUCUCUACCAAGUCCUGCUUCAUCCCUCAAACAUGUCCUAUAGCUGCCAGAGAGAAGGAGCAUCAUCAUUAAAGCUUCUUGUAUGAUGGCAUCACUUACACACUACACACAGUAUAUGCCUGUUUCUAAAAAAACUAUUUACAAAAUCUGCAUUCAACCAGAUGCAAUCUCUUUCCAUUAAGUAGGAAGUAUAGUGUGUAUACUAUGCUUUUCUUUUAUAACCCAACUAAAUGUUUCGUGUCAGUCCCAAUGGUACUAAUAUGUCUAUGAAAUCCUAUACCAUGUAUUGAAGAUGGGCUCUAUAUCUGCACAAUGCGACUGGAGAUAAAAACAUGUAUGUGUCAGUCUGGAGGUGAAUGUAGUGGCAGGGUCACAGUCAGAAUAAGAGUGUAUGUGUGUUCGUAGCACUUGCAGCGUCUCCUGUAAGCCAGUGAACUUUAUCUGUGUUUUGUGUUGUUUCAUAAAGAAGCCUCCCCCUGAAACAUGAUACAAAUGUAAAUGUAACAUUCCAUAUUGUUGUUAAAGCUCCUCUAGAAAUUUAACUCACGUUAAGUGUGUCAUUCAUGAGAAGAGGAAGCUUCUAGUCUUUGUGCUGAGCACGAGGAACACGAGGGAGUGUCAGUGCUCAUCUAGAGCUUAUUAAAGCUCAGCAAUUAGAAAUGUAAGGACCAUACUGGAGGUUUUACAUGUUCUAGCCCAUCAAAUCAUGUAUACUGCUUUGUAUGUUCGAAAGCUUAGGGUUUUAAGUUCCCUACUUUACAGGUGGCCAAUGUUUUCACUUCAUUUCAGUAUGCUGCACCCUCAGGGCUUUCUGCCAGAAAGAGAUUUAUUGGUUAAAGUUUGGGAAGAAAAUGUAGUUUGGGUUAAGAUGAUUAGAUUUCUGCCAGAGUAACAUGAAAAUGGCAACACAUUCUCACUCCAAGCUCAUCACAUAUUGACGCUGGGUCAUGGACUUUCCAUUUCGAGAUAUGAUGUGCAAGGUACCCUGGAUACGUUGUUUGUUGAAGUGUCAACUUCAGCCUAUUACAUGCAUUGUCUGUUUUAAAAAUACACUUCAGUUUGCAUACAGGGUCUUUCAAAAUGAAUGCACUACAUCGGUACAACACAGCCAAUUGAAGCUUUUGUCCUUCAACAACAAACACACAUGAUUACGUUUGGCCAACACACGCACGUUAUUAGGUUAAGGAAAAAAGAACAGGGUUUGGAUUUACAAUCUUACAAGAAGUGAACACGGGCCUCCAAGGUAAAAGCUGGUGGUUGUUGGACCCAUCUACCACCACUUCCGCCCUCCCUUCUCUGACUUUCACCCUAUUAACUUAUGUUGUUGUCCGUCUGCGUUUCCCUCUCCUGAGGCCGCUGACAUGAAAAGACGGGCUUUUUUGUUAGUGUCUGAUGUUGAUGUCAACGACUUGGGAGUGAGACCGGGUUGAAAAUGCACACAGCCUCCAUAAUUAUUAUGUGAUGGUGGGCAUGAAAUGUGUUCAAAUUUCAUGCUGGCAACACAAAAACAAUGCCAAUGCAAAGUCUAUUGCGAACAUUCACAGUUUCAACACGUCGUUGAUAUGGUUAAAGAUGGGAUUCCAGUUUAGUUAUUUGUAGGGAGAGAAUAAAACAACAAAAAACACUUUGGAAAAAUAGUUUGGAAAAGAUUAUGGUUUCAGUUCAAAUAGCUGCAUACAGGACAUAAAUGAUGUAAACCUGCGUAGUUAUGUGAAGUAUCAAGCCAUUCUCAUUUACACAUUGUCAGAUACCAGUGCUUUGUCAGCCCCCCAGUGUCUCCUAGUGAUGCACAGGGCACCCCUUUGCGUCUGUGUAUAUUGCACAGCUAACACAUUGUGACAUAUGGUUAAUGUUGUGCAGCAUACUCUCAUAGAACAGUUUGUAUGACAUCCUAUGAAAAAUGCAUGCACAACGGUUUGUAUGAUAUCCUACAAAUUUGCACCCCAUGAAUACCAUUUAGUCCAUAAUGUAAAUUUACAUAAUUAACGUAAAGUUACAGAGGUUAAAUUUAGGCCAUAAAAAGACUCAAAGUUCACACAGCCUGCCUCCUUACAAGCACUCGUGACAGCUUCCUUGUUUACUGCCAUCAGGGCAUUGGUCAUGUGAUUGCAGCCUUUCAAAAUAUAUGGGAUAUGUGCAAAUUUGAGUACACUGCUUUAUGUAGGAAAACAUACUAAAAAAUCGUGAUGACAGCCUGUGUUGUGGAUCAGUGACAGUUAGGCGACAAAACUGCUUGGUUAGGUUUAGGAAAAAGAGGGUAAAAAUAAGUUACAUCACUGCACGAUGAUCUCACAUAAAUUGCAUAACACCAGAUUAAAAUAACACUGACUUUGGGUUUCACAAGGGACACAAACUGUGAUCUCCUGGAUGAGAGUCAAGUUUUGUUUGACCCAUCUACCUCCCUUCCCUCUCACCAUAUACGGACUUUCUCACUCGUUAUACUACAAAAGUUGCUCUCAGCGUCAAAUAUGGCCACAGAUGGGUUUACACUGGAGUUAGUUGAAAAUCUAGUGGGUCUCAUAAAGACAUAAAAGGCUGCAUUUGGCAUCGACAUCACAUGCCAAGGGGCGUGGCAAAGUGUUAAUAUUUGACACCCAGGGAAUGAGAAGGGGUUAAAGUACCUACGUGAAAUACUUUGCAUAGAUGUGUAAGGUCCGUAAAGUCACGUCACCAGAUUGAGAUUUUGGUUUCACCCUGGACAUGAACAGUGGUCGCCUGGUUGAAAGUCCAUGUUUGUAUGACCCAUCCACCAUCCCUCCUACCCAUGCUAUGCAGAUUUUUUGCUCUUUUUAUUUAAUUUGUGUGUCCACCACGGGAACAGAUCCUCAUUGACUUUGCAUUGGCACUGUUUUUGUGUUGCCUGCACAUCAACACAUAAUAUGUUCAUGUAUCGUGGGCUUGAUACUCUCAUGUCUGUAUGGUAAAUGUAUAACUAAAGCCAGCAGACUUUUAGCUUGGCUAAGACUUGAAACAGGGGGAAACAGUUAGUCUGGAUCUGUCCAAAGCGAAGAACUCCUGCCUGCCAGCACCUCUAAAGCCCACUGAUUAACACGUCACAUCUGAAUAGAUUUAUCUGUAUAGAAAAUUUCACCCCAGACUCUAUAUAUAUUAUUAUUUGACUAUUGAUAUUUGACUAGUUCAGAGUGAGAAUGUGUUGAAAAUAUGUUGAUAAGUGAUCUUGCAGAAGCUGAGUGGUGGCUUUUGUUAUCUUUGAACAGAGCCAGGUUAACCGUUUUACCCAUUUCUAGUCUUUGUGCUAAGAUAAGUUAACUGGUUGCCCAUGGUAGCUUCACAUUUGCCAUACAGAAGUGAGAGGGCUAUUAAUUCUUUCAUCUAACUCUGGGCUACUAAGCAAGUAAGUGUGUUUCCCAAAAUGUCAAACUAUUUCUUAAAGAUAAAUAAUCCACCACAGUGCAUCAUUACUUUAUUUAUUUUUUGUAAGCUUUGUUUGUGUAGUAAUGCAUGUGUAAGCAUGGACCAUAUUCAGAGUCCUCCUCUGCUAUGUUCUGGGACAUACUGAGAUUUUCUUUUAUUCGGCUGUUGAGCAGCAGCUUUUUAAACCAAUCUCAUUGCCAGAAUUAACAAAACAGUCAAAUACAGUAAGCUUCAUGUUAAACACAACCUCUGCACUAUCCCCCUGAAUAUUUGGAAUAUGUGCAUAUGUCCCCUCCACUAAAAGCAAGAAAAUUGGACAUAAAGUUUGACAAAAUUAAAGAGAUGUACACCACAAAUUGAUGCAGAAAAGGCAAAAAGGAAAAGGAAAAUUUCAAAUUAAGUUAUUGAUGCCCAACACCCCCCCCCCCCCCCGCCAAAAAAAAAAAAUCCAACAAAGCCCUACAACGCAAUGCUUUUCAGCAUCAAACUUUUGAUUGUCACAGUAUACUGAAAUGAAACCCAUGAGACAGGAAGCUAGUUAAUAAAUCAGUUAAAACCUUGUACUUUGAAAACGGUCUGCAGUGAUGUAUUUGUAUUUAAUGUGCUGUGCAGACAAAACCACAGGUAUGGUCCUGCAGAGCUCUGAGCUGGUCAAGUCAAGGGGGUUAUUCUAAAUAAGGUAAACGAUGAAAACCAAUAACAAAAUGGCAAAAAAUGUAUUCAAUUAGGCAUAUUUUUACAGGCAUUGGUUGAUAAUCACCCCCCUGAAAGUAGAUAUACUCUUUAAUUGUAAACCCACAUGACAAUGAGGUCACUGGAUCAUGAGAUAAUUUCCCAAAACAAAAGCAUCCUGUCAUUAGGUAUUGUUUCCAGGCCUUGACAAAUAGUCACCACACAGACAAGUUAAGGUGCGGCCUACUUCCU